AUGCAUGAGCUGUUGCUGUUCGCCUCGGUCCCGACACACCAACAUGCUGAGCUCCUUCAGCAGCUGGCCGGCCUUACGGCCAUGCAACCUCGCCACUGCUUCGAACGUCGUCUGAUCUUCAAAGCUUAUCGCAAACCCGGCGUGGCUAAUGCCCGCGUCGGCGCCAGUCAGGAUCUGCAGUCGGGGGACCUACAGCGCGUGAACAAGAUGCUGAACGGUGGCAUGUUCUACACUCAGGUCGUGGGCCCCAUCCAGUCCGCCGACUUUGCAGAUGCUGGUGUCACAGACACAGCCGCCAAUGCGAAUUCCAACCCGGUCAACCCCGACCCCGAUACCGAUACCAAGAUGGAUGGCAUGGACUCGGAGUCCACGAUCCCCCGGUCUGCAUAUGACUUCGAUCAGCAGUCCUGGCAGCUGGAGUUCAGAGAUAUCCCCGAAGCAGGAACCCGGUCCGCCGUCACGUCCCGAGUCAUGGCGACCGCCGCCCUACCGCGCGGAGACAUCGUGCCAUCCAUGAAUGCGUGGGGCUAUAGCUUCGUAACCGAGUAUCUCGUUGAAGGCGACAUGUUCAUCCAUAACGAUAUCGUCAUCAAUCUUCACCGCGUGCUUCAUUACCCGACCACCCCCGGCGAAGAAAACCAGCCCCGUCACCAGAUGCCAACCCUCCAGCAGAUGGCUCCACUGGAAAAGAGCGGGAGUUAUGUCCUACAGGCAUCGAUGAUGGUCCAGGACGGUAGUAACCAGGAAACCAUGAAGACGGCGUCGCAGCACUUGUUUGGGCUGCGCGAACAGCUCAAGUCGGCUGUUCGGCUGGAAAUGGCCGAUCGUUUGUCACUGGAUACGAGAGUUAAAUAG